AGCCAUCAAAAUCACAUUUUUGAAUAAUGAUCAAAAGCGUACCGGUUCCAUACCAUAGAAGAGUAAUUCAAACCGAAAGGCAAUGAUGAACGCAGUAAAUUUCCCUCUUAUAGUUACUUUGCUUUUAUUCAUCGGUGAAAGGGCGCCUGUUGCGAAAGCCUUCGUCGUCCCGUCCGAACAGCACAACGCAUAUGUCUCGGCAAUACGAAAAACACCCGCUUCGUCCCAAUCGACAAAACUCGGUAUUGUGUGGGAUCCUCGAAAUCCAGACAAUGACUCGGGACUCGUGGAAUUUCCAACGGCAUCGCAGAAGUCCGAAAUUAAGARAGAAGCAAAGAAGAGAAAGGCCCGAAAGCAGAUGCCCUCUUUUUCGUUUUCGGACGACGAGACGAACGGGCCUUGGUCCGAUGAAACCAUCCAAGCCAUAUGGCAGCAAUUGACGGAAAGCGAAAUGAUGGAACUCAGAGGYAUCUGUCGCGAAAGCCGUAAAGAUGUCUAUCAAACGGCACUGUGGUUCUGCGAAGAUUUAGAGGAUCUGAUUGCUCCCUCUUCGUCUGAAGACGAAGAUGAGGGCCAGGGGGAUGAAGAAGAGGGGGGCAUACACUUACCGGUCGCGCUUGUAGCGGUGAAAGGGCACACCGCGUUGAUCUACUGCCCAACACUUCCCAUUGAUCACCCUAAGAAAUUGAUAUUGCGAACAAGUGUGGGACAAAAGAACGUGUGGAAAGCACGACCGAAGCCACCGCGAGAUAUUCGUGGACAAAUCAUCARGGAACCGAAGUCCGAGUAUGAAUGAAGAAACUUUUGGACAAACGAAACGGAGUCAAUUCGAUUAGUCCUAUCGCAUAGCGUCGAUGUGAUUUUCUCGAAGACUACUCGAAUAAUAAUUUAAGGGUUCU